GGCACAAUUACGUCUUUCACAUCCAAGAGUUUCUAUCCAAGCUUCCAGCCCGCAAGCUACUUCGGCAUCAUCCAGCAAAUCAUCUCACCAACAAUCAUACCACCAAUUGAGCAACCCCUCAAAUACAUCCAGCAUUCCUCUACCUUUGAAAUACCACCACGAAAAAAACUUCUCAAAUAUAAUCAUCAUCAUGUAUCGUCUUGCAAUCAACUCUGCCAUGCGACCAGCAGUCCGCGCAUCCGUCCCAGCUGCCAGAGCAUUUACCGUAUCAGCACGCACUAUGGGCGAGGGAGACACCGGCGCUGCCAGAUUUGGCGGCCAACAAGAUGCCUUUACCAAACGCGAAAAGGCCAAUGAGGAUUACACCAUCCGCCAGCGUGAGAAUGAGAAGCUCUUGGAGUUGAGGAAGAAAAUCACCGAACAGCGUGAUCACUUGAAGAAACUCGAGGACCACAUUUCCGAAAUCGAGAAGCAAUCUGGUGGCGAGCAGAACUAAAUCAACCUGAAAAUUUGCAAACAAAAAAAACAAAAAUCUUCAUGUGUGGAUGGGCGAGGGGGAAGAUGGAAAGGGGGUCGGUUAAGUCGAGUAAGACUGAAUAAGAUGAGAUACGAUAUCAGGAUUGUGAUGAAAUUAUGGUCGGUUAGUUGGUGAAAUUAUUGAAUGUAUAAUACAAUCAUCUCCUCUCCACGUGGUUGCAGAAUUCCAACGUGUGUAAAGCCAAGUUAAUCCGAUUUCAAUGGAACCAAAAAAUAAGUUA